AUGCGAUUCUUGCGUAGCCGUCGGGACAAAGAGGGCAGCUGGCUGCAACUGGUGGAGGGGAGCUGGUCAGACCGACAUGGCUCCUGCUACGAGGUCAGUCGCGAUGCUGGAUACCAUGGUUCGUACUCCUGCAGCGUGCGAAUCCGACGGCCUAGUGGCGAAGCAUUCUCAAGACCAGCUGUCAUAAAGCAGGUGGACGAUGGAACCAUAAUCUGGGGCCGGUACCUUACUUGCUGGAACUGUGCAAGUUCUGGUUGCUUUUGA